UAAAUAUAUAUAUAUACAAAUGGCUUAGGUCAAUGCCCUUGCUGCUACACGUUGUUUAUAUACAGUACAGAACUCGCAAAGUUCUGUUAAACUAGGUGUACUGAAAAGUAGUGAAACAAGAGGAGAAACCAUAUACUUUUAUAUAAUAUGAUAAGAAUAUGAAAAUGUUGAUAAUUGUUUGUACUACAGAAGUGUAUUUAGGUUAUACUGGUGCAUUAUUUCUGUGCUCAUGGGAAUUAAAAACAUUUUAAAAGUUCUGAUCAGAAAUAGAUGCAAGAUAAAAAGUUGUGUGAAAAGACGGCCAAAAAGAUAAAUGACUGCGGUUCCAUCUGUCGGUAAAUCGUGAAAGUGCAUGCAUGCAGCGUGUUUAUAAAUAAAGCGGUCAGGGUGCGGGGGCGGCGGAGCUGAGUCCCGGUGGUGGUGGCGGCGGCGGUCGGUCCCAAAACCGGGCUGCGAAAACGUGAGCCUAGAGGGGGCGAGGAAUUAAAAAUGUCGCUGCUGUAGAGGCAUGGCGUCGGGCGGCAAGAGUAGUGAUAGGAUUUUGGGGACAAUUUCUCCGGUCGAGGAGGAAUCGUCGGAGAGCGAAGAUGAACGGGAGCCGGCCAAAUCCUACCACAGACGGUUAUCGACGAAUAAAGAAAUCAAAUGUUCGGCUUCCCUGAAGGAAGGAUUCCUCCUGAAACAAACUUGGUCUUUUCAGAGAUGGAGGAGACGAUACUUUAAGCUCAAAGGGCGAAAGCUUUAUUACGCCAAAGAUACCAAGGCUGUGAUUUUCGAUGAAAUCGAACUCACCGACCUGUGCCUAGCCGAGUGUUCAACAAAAAACAUUAAUCACAGUUUUCAGGUGCUAACACCGUUUAGAUCUCUUGUGCUUUGCGCCGAGUCGCGUCGUGAGAUGGAAGACUGGCUCAGCGCUCUCACGGCAGCAGCUCAAAAACGCUUCCAUGAACCGGAUCAACCUGAUUGUCUUUCAGGCUACCAUCACUGGUACGCCACUUCUCAUGCAAGACCGACAUAUUGUAAUGUAUGUCGAGAUGCUCUCAGCGGAGUCACAAGUCACGGCCUAAGUUGUGAAGUUUGUAAGUGCAAAGUACACAAAAGAUGUGCUGCAAAGGCCAUCAACAAUUGCAAAUGGACGACACUUGCUUCAGUUGGAAAAGAUAUUAUCGAAGACAGCGACGGGAACAUAACAAUGCCGCACCAAUGGAUGGAAGGGAAUCUUCCUGUUUCUGCCAAAUGUGCCGUAUGCGAUAAAAAUUGCGGCUCAGUGCUCAGAUUACAGGAUUGGAGGUGUCUAUGGUGCAGAACUACGGUCCACACGCAAUGUCGACCGAAUUUAGCGGCGGCUUGUCCGCUGGGGGUAGCGAGGGUUAGCGUUGUGCCCCCAACGGCUUUACAUUCAAUUCAGGACGAAGCCUGGGAGGCGGUCAGACCCCAAGCUUCAUCCCCUCUUCUGGUUUUCGUCAAUUCUAAAUCUGGUGAUAACCAGGGAGUAAAAUUCUUGAGACGAUUCAAACAGCUACUUAAUCCAGCUCAAGUAUUUGAUCUGAUCUCGACAGGCCCACGUUUAGGAUUGAGACUGUUUAGACAUUUCGAUCCUUUCCGAAUAUUAGUUUGCAGCGGGGAUGGAUCCGUUGGAUGGGUUCUCUCAGAAAUUGAUAAACUUGAUAUGCACAAACAAUGUCAAGUGGCUGUUCUACCAUUGGGAACUGGCAAUGAUUUAGCUAGGGUCUUAGGCUGGGGAUCGUCUUGCGACGAUGACACACAUCUACCCCAAUUAUUAGAGAAAUAUGAAAAAGCCAGUACAAAGAUAUUGGAUCGUUGGAGUAUUAUGACAUUCGAGCGUACAAUAGCAAUGCCGAAACUGUCGUUGACACCCGGACAAGGGGAAGGUGUUUUGCAUACACAGAUAUUACAGUAUGAAGAUACUUUAGUCUUGCAUCUACAGAAUAUUUUGCAAUCAGACGAGACUUCUGUAGUCUUAACAUCUGCUAAGAGAUUGUGUGAAACCGUUAAAGAUUUUGUCACACAAGUGGGAGAAAGUUCUUUGACGCACGGUGACGACCAGAUAAUUAAGAAGUGCGACAUUCUCCAACAGAAACUAGAUAUGCUGCUGCAAACAUUAACUAGUGAACAAAUCGACGCAAUGAAUAUUGAAUAUGACGAUGAGGAUAAUCCGAAAGCUAAUGAUACGGAGAGUGAAAUGUCAUUUGAGAAGCGUUCAGAGAAAUCGGAAAAAGAUUUGAGUAACUUUAAUUUUCGGAAACAUCGUCGAACCUCUCGGUUUGUGGAACGCGAAAAAGAUGCAUUAAUUUUAAGGGCAAACAGUUUGAAGAGAGCUAUUCGAAAUCUAGUUGAGCAUACAGAGCAAGCUGUUGAUGAUCAAAAUAAACAGACUGAAGACAUUGUUAUCCCAACUGUUAACAUAUCCUUGAGCUCUGAUCUAGAUGAUAACAAAAUGGACAAUCUGAAGGUAUUACCGACGAUUGAUUCGGGAUCAAAUUCCGAUAUUAGCUCGUGUCCAAGUCCUAGCAGCCAAACUAGUGUAUUGACGACCAGAUUAGUCAACCUAUCUCCGAUGCCUGAUAUUCGCAGGGAUUCUGCAAUCGACGAUACCGAUUUGCUAGAUUUACCCGCACCGCCGGACUUUGCAGACAGCCGAAGGGCGAGCCAAAUUCAACAAGGUGUCACCACAGAUAUAACAGAGCAAAUCUUACGUGAAACGUGCCAAACUUUAACCAAAGAAAUAACAGAAAAUCUCACAAAAGACUCGAUUUACAAAAAAUAUUCAAAUGAUGAAAAAGUGCCAAAUAAGCCCGAUAAGUCAAACAUUGAAGAUGAUCCAUUUAAAGAAACCGAAGCUUGCCAACAUUAUGAUGAGGACAAAGAAUGUAGCAGUAUUCUAUCUGCUAUUUCCAAUGAAGAGGCAAGCAUAGUAUCUGAAAUUGCUGAUCAUAAAUCAUUUUGUCCUCUAAAGGAUAGUGACGGUGAGGAUAUGAACGGACAUAUUGGACAUAUUGAUUCACCAGAAACUGAUACUAACCCUAAUUCCGAUGCUCUUCCAGGUGAUUCCUUACUUGAAGACAUCAGUUCGAUGCUUGGAAAUGAUAUGUACGGUUUAGAUUUGGAUAGUAUUGAGAAUACGUAUACGGAUGAAGCUGCUAUGCAAACGGGAGAAAUGGGAGAACGAAGACGCAGUUUCAAAAAGAAUUCUAUGGAUCGAAAACGUAGACCGUCUAGACCAAAAAUCGAAGAUGAUGCAACGCAAUUUGGCUUUGAAAAUCGUGCAUUCAUGUCUCAGCACGUUUAUUUAGAGAACUGCAACGAACACGAACCUAUACGAUACUGUAGCUUAGCGAAAUUUGUGGAAGGCAACGACAUUGCCAGGCGUUCUUUUAAACGCAAACCGACAACGAAAUUAACAAAAACCGAAGUAAACGUAAGCAGACAGAGUAUUUUGUUAGAGGAAAGCGAAAAUAGUAGGGGUUCGAAAAGCAGUUUAAAUAAAAUUGAAUUAGAAUUGAACGAAACCAAACAGGAUAAAUCCGCCGAGGAUUCGGUAUUUCCGCAAGUAAGCGUUGUGGUGGAGCCGCCUUCACCAGAAAUCAAUGAAAGCGUGAGGGCUCAAAGAUGCGAUAAAAUUUGUAUAGAAAUUGAGCCUGAUUACGAUAUUAAGAAUCUCUUGGCCAAAAGUGAAAUAUCUACAAGCGAUGUAACUAGCAAUAAUAGUUCUAAUUCGAAUCUCCUUGGAAUAGACAAUGACAAUUUUCUGACCUGCUCACCCGCAGCCACCAGACGAAUAUCCUGCUGCAGCAUGUUAAAUCCAAAUGAAGCAGCUGCAAUUGCUGCUGCUGCUGCGGCCACAACCAAAUGUUUUAUGGAACAGGACAAGCAACGUGACAAAAAGGAGGACAAAGAAAAUGAAAAUAGAAAAUUGCCAAUCAUUAAUCCAUUAGUACGAUUGCCUUCGUGGCCUAAUGUGAGUUCAGGGGCUGGUUUUAUUAGUAAAUGUCUCUUGGCAAAUGCUGAUACAUUAUGUGCAGCAGUCAGUCCUCUUAUUGAUCCGGAUGAAACUCUUUUAGAGGGAUUUUCUGAAGUUUCGGUAUUGAAUAACUAUUUUGGAAUAGGUAUCGAUGCUAAAAUUUCGUUAGAUUUCCAUCUUAAACGAGAGGAACAUCCUGAAAAAUGUAGAUCGCGUGCAAAGAAUUAUAUGUGGUACGGAGUAUUGGGCAGCAAACAAUUCUUACAAAAAACGUACAAGAAUCUUGAACAAAGGGUGCAACUAGAAUGCGAUGGUCAGCGUAUUCCAUUACCGCAUCUACAGGGCAUUGUUAUUUUAAAUAUACCAAGUUUCAUGGGUGGAAUAAAUUUCUGGGGUGGUACCAAGGAAGGCGAUAUAUUUCUGGCACCUUCUUUCGAUGACAAAAUUUUAGAAGUAGUAGCAGUGUUUGGAUCUGUGCAGAUGGCCGCAUCGAGAUUAAUUAAUCUUCAACAUCAUAGAAUUGCCCAAUGCCAGAGUAUCCAAAUUAACAUUUUAGGUGAUGAAGGUGUUCCAGUUCAAGUGGACGGAGAAGCUUGGAUACAACCACCCGGAAUUAUAAGAAUUCUCCAUAAAAAUAGAAUGCAAAUGUUGUGCAGAAACAGAGCUCUGGAAAAUUCAUUAAAAUCAUGGGAAGAAAAACAGCGACAGAGUAUUGCAGCGCAGGGCAGUAAACCUCGACCAUCGAUAUCAGCACACGACAAGGCUCGCUCCAGUUUAACGAGGCAGAGUAUGCCAGUACAUGAAAAAUCUUUCUUGGGCGUGCACAUCGAGAAAAUAAGGCAACAUUCGUUCAGUGGACCAGUUGUUAGUCACGAACCUCGACAUUCCACUGUAACUUUUGUUGAAAAACCAAUCUCUGGUAGGGAACCGGAUAUUCUGUUCUCCGAAGAGGAGCAUCAUUUACUAAUUAGUUUCAUCGAAUGUGCAACGACUUUAGCAAAAUGGAUUAAAAUUUUAGCUAUUAGUUAUAGUCUCGAAUCAGAUUUAUAUAGUUUAGCAACAAAAACCGAUAAGUGCAUGGAGCACAUUCAUCCAAAUGGCAAAAUAUUAACAGGACCGGCACUCCGUGGUGAAUUCACCAAAUUGGUAGCUGCUCUAAAAACAUUAUACGAAGAGAGUUGUUGUUUACUUCAUGAUCGUGGCGAUAAAUUAAAACUUCGAGACGAUUUAGAGAACAAAUUAAGUGCCAGUUUAGCAAACACCGAAUUAGAAUUGAAGAAGUGUGUUAUGUACGAAACGCCGAAUGGAACGUUCGUAUACUUGCAACCAAUACCAGACGAUCAGAUACAGCAUAAAAGGAAAGGAUUGUUUUGGCUGAAAUUCCGUAAACAAUCAACUGCUCAUGCUAGCCAAUUGCCAAAUCGCGGCAGGGUUGGUGAUGUGGCAUCUUGGGGUACCCAAGAGGUAGCCACUUGGCUUGAAACUCUUCAGUUAGCCGAGUACAUUGAUAGUUUCGUAAAGAACGACAUCCGCGGCAGAGAGCUACAAACGUUAGCGCGCAGAGAUCUAAAAGAACUGGGUGUAACAAAGGUAGGUCAUGUGAAGCGUAUACUGCAAGCAAUUAAGGAUUUGAAUCAAGGAAUUUAAACGUUAGAAAUUACACGUACAGUAAGAAUAUAUGUUCGGUGUUUAACACUUGUCGUUGUCACUUUCUAUGUAUCUUCCACACUUCUCGUUUAUUAUUCAAGUAGAUAACAAACAAAUAUUUUUUUAUCCAAAUAUCUUCCUCUUUCUAUAAAUUUUUAUUAUAUAUCUCUUUUAGUCGUGUUACGGAAAACUUUACGAUUACUGUGAUUUAAUAUUUAAAAAUUUAAAAACUAAUGUAAAAUUUGUAUU